GUAAACGUUGAGGUGAACGUUGACGUGAACGUUAAGGUCAACGUUGAGGUGAACGUUGAUAUGAACGUUAAGGUGAACAUUCACGUCAACAUUGAGGUCAAUGUUGAGGUGAACAUUGACAUGAACGUUAAGGUGAACGUUUACGUCAACAUUGAGGUGAACGUUGAUAUAAACGUUAAGGUGAAUGUUCACGUCAACGUUAAAGUGAACGUUGAGGUGAACGUUGACAUUAACGUUAAGGUGAACGUUCACGUUAAUGUUCACGUUACCGUUAAGGUCAAUGUUGAG